AUGUCAUGCCUCCUCUUCAAUGUAGCGAUCGAGCCCCUUGCUGCCCUGCUUCGUCAAUCGGAGCUCCGAGGCUACGAUGUCCCAGACAUGGCCGAACGAGUCAUCGUGUCAAUGUUUGCGGACGAUACGACAGUAUACCUACGGAAGGAAGAUGACUUCGUGACCCUCCAAUCCCUACUGGACCUGUGGUGUCACGCCUCUGGGGCCAAGUUCAACGUCAACAAAACCGAAGUGAUCCCUAUCGGCUCACCAGUCCACAGAAAAGAGGUUGAAGAAACCCGCUGCCUGGCCCCGUCGCAACAACCUCUCCCGCCGUCCAUCCGUAUUGCGAAGGACGGCUCUGCGGUCCGUAUCCUCGGAGCCUGGAUGGGGAAUGGCAUAGACCAGGCAGCGAUAUGGUCUCCCGUCAUCGAUGACAUUAAAGAAAGCUUAGAACGCUGGGACCGCUUACACCCCACUAUGGAGGGACGGAGUAUUCUCAUCCAAUGGUUCGUCUGUGGAAAGACUCAAUAUCUCACCAACGCGCAAGGUAUGCCCAAGUCGGUAGAAGACGAGCUAUCCCUCCUCACACGCCAAUUCGCGUGGGAUAACGCAGGCCGCUCAACCAUAAACGCGCCUACCCUGCAA